UCUUGGCCCUUCUGAAGUCAGCUUCAGUUUUGUCGCUUGGCCUCCUGAUGCAGAAUGUCCGCGGAGCCUGCAGGCAUUAAAAGUUUAACUUUGUCACCUUCAGCCUAAACAUGCACGCAGACGUUCUGGUAAAUUCCAUAGUUUUGCUCAGUGUUGUGUUUGUGUCUCAGAGCUUUUUGCAGUCUGCAAGGCAAAUUUCUGGAACUUGCAAGUUAUCACUGGACACAUCAGAGAAGCUCUGUCAAUCUCUGGAUGGUUUGAUCUGCAGUGGCAGAGGACAAUGCGAUUGUGGAAUAUGCAUCUGCCUUGUCAAUGAACCAGGCAAAUUCUAUGGCUCUCUGUGUGAGUGCCAGGAUUGGCUCUGUGAAAGCUACGAUGGGAAGAUUUGUGGAGGUCAUGGGAAAUGCGAUUGUGGGAAAUGCAUCUGUGACCGUGGCUGGUCUGGGAAUGCUUGUCACUAUCCCAAGACUUGCAAAAUUCCCAGGAAGAAGAGCAAUGAUAUGUGUCGCAGUUCAGAGGGUCUGAUAUGCUCUAGGGCAGGCACAUGUCACUGUGGGAGGUGCAUAUGCAACAAUCCUGGGAAUGACAAACUGGUUUAUGGAAAGUUUUGUGAAUGUAACGACCAAGAUUGCAUUGAUGAUGAAACUGGAGAGAUUUGUGGAGGGCAUGGAAAGUGUUACUGUGGUAACUGCUACUGUACGCCUGGUUGGCAUGGCGAUAAAUGUGAAUUCCAGUGUGACAUUACCCAGUUGGAGAGCAAGAGAAAAUGCAUGUCACCAGAAGGCAAGAUCUGCAGCAACCGAGGGAAUUGUAUCUGUGGUGAGUGUACAUGUUAUGACCUGGAUCCCAGUGGCGAAUAUGGUGACAUCCACGGGGCAACAUGCGAAUGUGAUGAGCGGGACUGCCACGCUGUUUAUGACAGAUACUCCGAUAGCUUCUGCUCAGGUGUUGGGCAGUGCAACUGUGGAAGAUGUGACUGCAGGGAAGGAUGGACGGGCAGAAUGUGUGAGCAUCCCGUGUCCUGUCCCAUGUCGGCUGAGAAAAGUCUGCAGAAAUGUCAAGGAAAUUCUAAUUUGCCCUGUUCAGGAAGAGGAAAGUGCCAGUGUGGCCAGUGUUCCUGUUUCCCACCGGGAGAUAGACGUGUCUACGGGAAAACCUGUGAAUGUGAUGACCACCAUUGUGAGGACAGUGAAGGAACUAUUUGUGGUGGCAAUGGCAUCUGUUCAUGUGGUAGAUGUAUCUGCAAUGAUGACUGGUUUGGGAAAUACUGCCAACAUCCGAGGACUUGCAACAUGUCGGAAGAGAGGAGCAGGAGUCUGUGUGAAUCUUUCAGUGGAGUGAUGUGCUCUGGCAAGGGUUCCUGCCACUGUGGGAAGUGUAUGUGUGGUUCUCCCCAGCAAUGGUAUAUCUCGGGUGAAUUCUGCGAAUGUGAUGAUCGAGAAUGUGAUAAGCACGAGGGGGUCAUCUGCACUGGGAAUGGUGUCUGUAAUUGUGGAAUCUGUGACUGCUUUAAUGAAUGGACUGGGAACGCCUGUGAAAUCUGGAUUGGAUUGGAAAGCUUCUGAAGAUUGCACAGUAAUAGAAAGGACUCCUGAACGUGGCUUAUCUUCUGCUGCAUGACUAAGGAUAUUACCAGAAGUAGCCUUCAAAAUGCACUGCACUCACAAAUAAAUGUCUUUACUUGCUAACGUAUCCAUGUUAGUUUUGCUACUUGGCUGCACCAUUGGAAGCAAACAGUUCCAUCGCAAACGCACAAACAUAAAUGUAAAAUAACCUUUAGUGACAAAUGUACUGGGGUUAUUAGCAUGGGCAUCUGAUAUACUGUGAUGCCUUUUAAUGAGACUAGCUUCAGUAACUAAUAAUCUAGAGAUAUGCCAGCAAACUGAUUUUCUUGUAUGCCAAGCAAAUGCUUAGGAAUUGAGAUUACAACUGCAUUAUUUUGGCUGUUAGCAAAUGUGUAGCUCAUUACGAAGAGAUACUGUUGGCAGUAAAUCUGCAAGUGGCCAAGCGUUUUUGACUGAUCUGCAAAUUACUGUUGCAAUAAAUAUGGACUGGCACAGAAGCUGUCUGUUCUGGCAGUCAUUCAGUAAGUGAUUUAAACAACUUUUACAGCUUCCUAGUGUAGCUUAUUCUUAACUGUGCUUUUACAAAGGCGUACAUAUAGUUUCAAUAAAAACAAUGUCACUUUUAA